UUGUAUUAACAUUUAAAUUAUUUUAUGUGUUGUGAUACAUUCAGAAUGCAUGUUCAAACAUUGUCCCAACAACAGAGGAAAUUGAAGCUUUUGACCUAGUUGAAGUUAAACAUGGUCCUUCUUCUUCACCACCCCUAGUACAACCAAAUGAGGUAGAUGAUUUUGAUAAUUUCUCCACCAAACCUCCCGAACAGUUAUUAAGGAGAUCUUCUAGAGUGUCUGAUACAUCUCAUCCACCAUCGUCAAAAAGAAGAAAAAAAAUGGUUAUACAUAAAAAAAAGUUUCAGAACCGAGUCAGCCUGAUCAAUCAAAUGUGUCUCCGACACCGGAUGAUGAUGUACAUGUUUCUAUUUCAGAUCUGCAUCCCAAUUCGACUGCUGAUGAUGUACAUGGUUCUGUUCCAGAUGUGUCUUCGAACCCGGCUGCUGACGUACAUGGUUCUGUUUCAGACGUGUCUCCGAACUCGGCUGCUGAUGUACAUGCUUCUGCAGAUUCUCAGAAAGUCAACUAUGUAAUUCCAUAUAUUGAAGAGUUGAAAGGACAUUGAAAACUUACGUAAGUUAAUUAUUUUGAUAUUUUUAAUCAAAUGUAAUUUAUUUUUAUCCUAAAUCUAUUUAUAAUUUAUAGGUUGACAAGAAAUUUGAGGAAUUGAUUAUAUUGAUAAAGGAAAAUCGCUCCGAGUUGAUGCAAUCUCGAGGCAAGGAAAACAUCAAUGUUGAGGCUAAUACAAGCACAUUUCAGUAUGAGAAACAAACAUAUCCGCAAAUACGGAUAGAUCUUUCUGAUAUGGGUGGUGUAGCUGAGGAUGGUGUUGGUGUUUCUGGUAACUAUGGUGAACAUCAAGUCAUCGACGAUGCGGGGAUGUCGCUGAGGAUGGUGUUUGUGUUUCUGUAAACGAGGGUGGGCAACAAGUCAAUGAUACUCCAAAGAUGGUGUCAUGGAGCAAGAUGUUGAUGACAAUGUUCAACAUAACAUCCCUCACGUUUUGCCCGAUAAAACAACAAUGGAUGCAUCGGAAUCUUCCACUUCAACAACAAUAUCGUCAUCAACUCAAGCAGCAAUAGAUGCACUUAUCAAAGAUUUGGGGAAAGAUCCUACUAAUGCUAGACCAUUAUAUUCUUACACUCCACAGAAUAUAACUAGCAGCCAGUACUUGUUGAUCGACAGUCAGUUACCCACUAACAUUCCAAUAACUGAGAUUGAAGUUAGAUUCGAUUCAGUCACUCCUGCGCAUAGAAACAGAAUGCCUUCAAGAAAUAUUCAAUCUCCAUAUUGUACUUCUUUUGGGUCAAGCGAGCAGGGAAAAGAGAAAUUGAAGGAUAUGACUCGACUCCAUUUCCCGUUUGAAAGAUGUGGCAUUACAAAUCAAGUUUCGCUGAAACUUAUUGAGGAUUAUAUGAAUUGGUUGUCAAGAGGGCUCCUAAAAAAUCAUAACAAUAAGAACUCAUCAGGCGAUAAAUACAGAUCAAAAUCUUCUUCUUUUGGAUUUACGAUGAUGGACUUUGUUGUUGCUUUUUCAAUAAACAAGAAUUAGUUCUAUGCCAUGUCACAGUCAAACAAAUGUUGGACCGAUGAGGUAAAAAUCUUAAACUAAUUAUCAAAUGUGUACCAGUCACACUUAUAUUAUUAUAUAACAUUAUACA